AUGGUCACAACCAUGCUCAUCGUCAUGGACACAGACAUGGCCACCUCCACGGUCAUCUUCACAAGGAGUAUCAUCAUCAUGAUCACCGCCAUAAGAACCAUCAUCAUGACCCUCAUCACAAGGACUCUCAUCAUAAGCAUCAUGCCCGUUCAUAUGAUCAUCACGAUCACCACAAGCACCACGAUCCUGGACAUUACCAUCAUGGCCACCACGAUGGUCACAAGCAUGACGAUCCCGGACAUCACCACGGUCAUCACGGCCAUCAUGACGCUCCAUCACUACUAUGAUCCCAACAGCCACCGUGACUUCAAUGCUUUCUUGGACGAGUACUUCAAGCACUUCGGUUAUCACUACCACCACGCUGAUCCCGGUCAUCACGGUCAUCAUCACGGUCACCACGAUGGUCACCACCACCAUGAUCCCUACAAGCACCUCUAUGGCGAGCAUCACGAUGGAAAGCACCAUCACAAUGAGCACCAUCACGGCAAGCAUCAUCACAAUGAGCAUCACAACCAUCAUCACGUUGAGCACCACAACCAUCAUCAUGGUCAUCACGAGGGUCACAAGCACCACCACCACGGCGAGCACCAUGAUGGAUAUAACCACUACCAUGCUCGCGGUUUGCUCGAGGAAGAUGAUGAAAAGCACCAUGACCACGGACAUAAGCACCAUCACGGACAUCACCAUGGCCACAACCACAGCCACGCUCAUGACCAUGUUCACAAGCACCGCCAUAAGCACUUUGACGACCAUGUCCACUAUAAGGAGCAUCACGUUUACUACGACUACAAGGAUGAUAAGCACCAUGACGGUAACCACCAUGGCUAUGAUCACCACGACCCUCACAAGCAUCAUCAUGGCGGCCACCAUUAUGGUCAUCACCACCAUGAUCCUCAUAAGCAUCACUACAGCCAUGAGUACGAUUACGGCCACUACAAGCGAUCUGAGCACAAGGAACCCAUUACUGUCUACUACAAGGAGAAGUCCGAUCACUCUCGCACUCACAUUGAUGCUUCCAAGGAGGAAAAGGCAUCCAAGAGUGAGCUCGAGGCCGAGAAGCACAAGCAGCUUUUGGAAGAGGCCAACAAGAAGGACGAGUACAAGUACAAGCACAAGGGCGAGCCUGAGCACAAGUAUCACUCCGAAGAGGAUAAGUACAAGCAUGAGAAGGAGCACGGGCACAAGUACAAGUACGGGCCUAAGUACGAGCAUGAGCACGAGCAUGAGCAUGAUAAGAGGUCUGCUCCCGAGCAUGAUGGUUAUAAGUCCGAAGAGGAGGUCAAGGAGGUUCUGAAGGGACACUUCCAAGAGGUUCUCAACAAGUUCUACCAUGCUUACUUCGCAAAGAAGUCGCACAAGCACUACAAGCCUGAGAAGCAUGAGGAGAAGCACGACUCUGGCCACUACAAGCAUGAGGAGCCUGAGGAGAAGCACGACUCCGGCCACUACGAGCAUAAGGAGCAUGAGCCUAAGGAAGAUCACAAGGAGCACCACUACAAGCACUCAAAGGAGCAUGAGCAUAAGCACGAGCCCAAGAAGUAUCAUCACGAUGAGCAUGAGGAGCAUGAGGAGCAUGAGGAUGAGCCUGAGGAGCAUGGGGAUGAGCAUGAAGAGAAGCCUCACUAUGACCAUCAUAAGCAUAAGGACCGUGAGCACGAGCCCGUCACCGAGUUCGAAAAGUCCUCCCACCACUCCGCCAAGAAGGCGAGCUUGGAGAGUGAGAAGGAAAAGGCCAAGCACGAGGCUUUGGAGAAGCUUUGGGAUGCCCGCAUCACUCAUGAGCGCAAGUUCAAAGAGAAGCUUUUCUUCAUUGAAGCCGGCCACUGGCCUAAGAAGGGCGCCCACAAGCGCUCUCUGGAUUCCAACGAGGCCGCUGAGGUAGAAGCCAACACUGCCAAGGUCGAGAAGUACAUUGAGAACGCCGAGGACAAGAUCUUGGAAGAAAUCGAGGAGGCCAUCCUAAUCGCUAUCAAGAAGGCUGGUGACAACCCUAGCUCUGGAACUAUCCUUAAGUACGUCAGAAAGGUUGAGGACGUCAUCAAGAGCAUCAUCGCAGAGAACGUCAAGAAGACCAUCGCCCACAUCGUCAAGAUUGAAGGUGUCGAGGAGCCUGAAGAGGAAACCAUUAUUGAGUACCUUGCUCCUGCUAUCGCCGAUAUCAUCAAGGCUGCCGACAAGAUCUUCGCCAAGACCCUCGAGGCUCUGGGCGAUGACCCUUCAGAUGAGGAGAUCGCACACGCCAUCAAGAAGGUUCUGAAGCUGCUCGAUGAGAUCAUCGACAAGGAAAUCCGCAAGGCCCUCAUUCUCAUCUUCGGAUUGGAGGAGACCUCCGAGACCACCGAAUACACCAAGCAUGGUAAGCACGAUAAGCGCUCCGAUCCCUAUGACGACACCACGGUCGAGAAGGCUGUUGAGAAGACUGUUGAGAAGUGGGCCGCUAAGUACGUCGAGGCAGAUGAGAAGAAGCACAAGCCCCUCAAGCGCUCCGUGCGAUUCGCCCGACUCUACAACUGA